UCAAACUGUCACGUGUGCAGGGAGUGUUUCUGCUUUCUCAAACCAAAGCUGUGAAACUGUGUCAAGAUGGAGCGGAUUGUGUUUUUUGGCGCUUUUUUAUGGCUGUGUUCAUGUGAAGUAAAUGAGUUCCAAUAUGUGUUUGUGCGGCAUGGAAAGGACUUACAUCUGGAUAUAGGGAGAUCUGUUGUACUAGACAAAAAAACAGAUUUGAUCUGGAAAUUUAAUAAAACUAACAAUGUAGCUAAAUGUGCUUUUAAUAAUGAUCCAGUUGUGUUUGACAAAUAUGAAGGAAGGGCUGAGCUCUUCAGGCAAAAUUACUCUUUGCUAUUAAAGAAUGUACAACACAGUGACAGUGGAGAUUAUACUGCACUCAUGGUUAGCAAUGUAGACCAAAAGGUAGCUGAAUACAAGGUCAUAGUCCAAGAUGCAGUUUCUCCAGUUAACCUGACAGUGGACUCUGUGUCUGGCAGCUCAGAGUCCUGUGUCCUUGCUGUGACCUGCAGCACAGUGGAUUCAUCCAUCCACCAUUCUUUUAGAUGUGAUGACAAAAACUGCUCUCAGGUCAAAGAAAAACCCACAAACUAUUCAUCCUCUUUCAUUGUCUACCGCCACCAAGACUUUAUCCUGUGUAAUCACAGCAACCAAGUUAGCUGGGAAUACAAUAAGAUCAAGUUUGACUGCAAGGCAAUUACAGUUCACAGCAGAGCCACCCUAAUUCAGAUUUCAACUUCAGUUGGUCUCUUUCUCUUGUCUGUCUUCAUUGCCCUUUGCAUUGUCACAAAAUAAAAUCACACCGGACAAAUAUUGUAAUCAGAUUCUCUCAGGAGUGCCCUGAAGGAUGAUGGAUGAGUUCAAACAAAACAAAAUGUAUUGGGUUUUUUUAUUUAUUUGGGUUUUGUUUGCCUUGUUUUGUUCUUUGGGGGGGGGGAGGUCUUUGUUUUUUUUAAACUGUACAUUCUUUGUUCAAUAUCUAUAAAAUAUUUAUAGAUUUGUCAUAAACACUGGGAUGUUGAUGGACAAGAAUACACAUUAGAUAGCAAGAAAGGAGGAGGACAGGAAAAUGCAGCCUAUGUAGUAGCAUUGAAAUGACAUGUGUAAACCUAAUAAUACUUUUUACGUUAUCACUAACAACUGUUAUUGAAAAGGUUACAGUUCUAACAAAUGUAUUAUUAUUUAUACUCAAAUCAACAACAGUAUAUUUUAACUUCAAAGUAAAAGUACUGUAAGUACACUCUUGUAUCAUUUAUCAGGUAAUGUCAGUGGACUAAGGUGAAUUUCAUGUACAGUCUGUGAAAAAAAAAAACAUUUUUUUUUAAACUUACAUGGUUACAUGCACUAAAGAAAUUAUCCUGUCACCACAAGUUUACCACACGAUUUAUUAAAUACACCUUGGACA